UGAUGUACCGCUGGUGUUUUAACACUGUGUCUCUGUAACUGUUUGCGCUGCUAGCUGCUACACUGAAGCAACCGUGCUGUUCUCAAGGCAGUCUACCCUUGACGAUUUAGAUGGACCAGAAACUGUUCCUAAAACAAGUGAGCGUGCUCGACCUAGGCUUCGUAAAAUGUUCAGCAUGGAUAUGUCCUCCUCAUCAGCUGACAGUGGCAGUUUAGCAUCAAGCGAGCCCACGCAGUGCACCAUGCUGUACUCGCGCCAGGGGACCACGGAAACCAUAGCGGAGGUGGAGGCCGAGCAGGAUGACGAGGCGGUGGCCAAAGACGCCGACCAGGGAGGGGAGGAGGCCGCGGACUUGGGGCCGGAGGAGGCCUCGGAGGCCUCGGAGGCCGGCCUCACCCCAGAUGCCGAGCUGCCGCACUACUCCACCGAGGAUGGGGACGUGGAGGCGCCUCCCUCCUACAGCAAGGCGGUCAGCUUCGAGCGCCUGUCCUUCGGCUCGAGGGACGACUCUGCAGGCCAGAGCCACAUGGCCGUGAGCCCUGACGAGAGCCGCUCAGACAGGCUCGAGUCCAGCAUCUUACCGCCCCUGACUCACGAGCUGACGGCCAGCGAGCUGCUGCUGAACAAGAGUGCUGGGCGGGUGGGGGUGGGGGGUAUUCCGCAGGUUGUGGGUAGACAAACUCCCAUGGACAACCGUCCACCUGGACAUUCAGAGCAAACAGACCCAAUGUUCAGUGCUCCCAUCGUGAAGCACAGAACUAGCCAAAGCCAUCCGUGA